CCAAAAUUUUUCCGUAAAAUAUGUAUAAUAAAUAACGACAAAAAUGUCUUCUUUAUCGUUUUUGAAGAAUAUCAAUAGUUUCCGAGCAAAAGUACCUCGACUAUGUGGCGUUCGCAGACUUUGUUCAGAAGAUUGCGGAGAGGAAAAGAAAGGGCUAAUAUUGGGAAUAUACGAGGGUGAAAAUGAAGAACCAGUUUUCACGAAAGCAGCUUCGAAAUUCAAUGAUCAUCUCAGUGGUAAAUUAUUCGAGUUAGUGAAAAGAGCCGGCUCCGACCUGCGCAGAGGCCAGGCGCGCAUCUUCAACAACAUCGACAAGGAGUUCUGGUCUAUAGCCGUGGUCGGCUUGGGCAAGGAGAAACUCGGCUACAGCGAGAUGGAGGCCAUCGACGAGGGCAUGGAGGCGGUGCGGGAGGCGGCCGGCAUGGGGGCGCAGGUGUUGAAGCGCGAGGGGGUGACGAGGAUUUUGGUGGAGGGGCUGGGCCACCCCGAGCAGGCGGCGGAGGGCAGCGCAUUGGCGUUGUGGCGGUACCAGGAGAACAGGUCACGCCAACAUUGGAAAGUCAUUCCGACGCUCGAGCUUUUCGAUGAUUGCGAUGCCGAAAGCUUCCAAAGAGGCCUGUUCAAAGCAGAGUCUCAGAAUCUGGCGAGGCGACUUUCUGAUACGCCAGCCAAUCAGAUGACUCCUCUACAUUUCGCUCAGGAGACUGUCAAUGAGCUGUGCCCGUGCGGUAUCAAGGUGAUGGUGCACGACAAGGACUGGAUCGAGAUCAAGAAACUCAACGCCUUUCUCACGGUAGCACGAGGCUCGUGCGAACCGCCCGUCGUCGUCGAAAUCUCGUAUUGCGGGGCGCCACAAGACCAAAAGCCCGUCCUGAUGAUCGGCAAGGGCAUCACGUUCGACAGCGGCGGCCUGUGCCUCAAGAAGUGCGACGGCAUGGACCGGUUCAGGGCGGACAUGUCGGGCGCCGCGGCGGUGAUUGCGGCCAUCAGGGCGGCCUCGGCGCUGAGUCUGCCCAUCAACAUCGAGGCGGUGAUACCGUUGUGCGAGAACAUGCCCAGCGGCAUGGCGAUGAAAUGCGGCGACGUCGUGAUGGGUAUGAACGGCAAAUCGAUCAUGAUCACCGACACCGAUAACGAGGGUCGUUUAGUGUUGGCCGAUGCUUUGAUCUACGGCCAGAACACUUACAAACCGAGGCUGAUCAUCGACGUGGCCAGCUUGACGCCGGGCGUCAGGGCGGCCUUAGGCUCGGCAGCUAGCGGCGUGUUUUGCAACUCACAGACCAUGUGGUCGCAGGUACGCAAAGCAGGCGUCAUCACGGGCGACCGCGUGUGGCGUAUGCCCUUGUGGAAGUUCUUCACGAAAAAGGUGACGCACUUCCGGUCACACGACGUGAACAACAAAGGCCUAGGGCACGGCUCGGCUUGCCUCGGCGCCGCCUUCCUCAACGAGUUCGUCGAUUGCGUCGACUGGAUCCACUUUGACACGACGGGCGUCGGGUUCAAGAGCGAGCACAAGGUGUACCCCUACCUGACGAAGGGGCGCAUGACCGGCAGACCAACCCGCACCCUCAUCCAACUCCUCUACCAGCUGUCUUGUCCGUCAGAGGGUCAAAGGAAGUUGGAGUGAUAUGUCUGGAACGUAACAAAAUUUGCAUGACGACCGUUUAAUUUUUCGUAGCGCGCUUCAUAACAAUCUGUUUUUCCGGAACCGUGGCGCCCGGCUUUUGGGGGCGCCACUACAAAUUGUGCAAGUAGGGAUAAGGGAUAAUCAAGGGAGGAUUUUUUAUGGCGGAUUGGUUCGGAACCUGUUCGCUCCUCCAUUAUUUACGGGAUGACUUGAUGAGGACAGCUGGUCACUGUCAAUCGAAAGUAAUCGUUUUUUUUUUCUUAUUUUACAAUCGUCUAUUCAAAUGGAACUCUAAUUUCUAAUAUAUAUAUAUUUAUAAACUACUCAACAAAUCCCUAUAUAAACAUUCACUGCUAAUCUUCGCCAGAUCUCUGCUCGUGCUUCUGGACCUUCUUGAAAAUUGACUAGCUGCCAAGUUUGUUUUUGCCGUUACUAUUGUCUGCGAAUUUUAUAAAAUGCUGAUUCGUCGUGAAAGCGCAAUUUUGCGGAACCUUUGUAUAAAUCUAGUGAAAUGUGGAAGCUGUAAGAGUCAAUAAUUAUACAAUUAUCAAAAU